GCUGUCUUCUCCAAGGUUUCGAUGCCGGGCUCUUCGACGGACUCAACCGUGGACAACGUGAUAACCGUGAAACGGAAGGCGGACGAUAUUGAGCCAAACGUGUCGUCAGUGAAGAAGGCUAAAACGGCGGGCAAGAACGCUCUAGGAAUAAAGAUGGUAAAGAAGGUGAAGACGUAAAUACCGUAUAUUAGGGUUAGGGUUGUACAACACUUGAUUUCUUACCACUAUGGAAUCUUCACGAGACGACGUGCUUCGUGUCAACGUCGAUACCCAGGGCGACCUCCAGCGCAUCAAGGUCGAUUACUCGAGGUUGUUUCUAUCCUUCGUCGAGGAGAAGAUACGUAUCCAGGGCUUAGAGAGUCAAAGGGAAGCCAUGGUGGCCCACGCCCAGCAGUACUUGGACAGAACUUUCUCAAUGGCGCAGUCAAACCUUCGCAUUAAUGGGUGCAAUCGGCCCCUCGAUGAGAAUGACCCCGACAUGGAGCCCUUUGAUGAGGCCCUGGACAGACGCAUAUGGGCCCUCGCUGAUACUCGCCUUGGCUGGCAUAAGAUCGUUGCAGAGACGCGCCGUACGGUGCCCAAGGAGAUCGAAGCGACGCUUGAGAAGUUAAUCAGCGGCGAGCGCGACGCAGACGCUGCAGACGAAGAUUUGGACAUUUCGAUAGAGGAGGAUACCGAGUCCUUGCCUGGCGAUGAAUUUCUCGCCAGGCGCUACCCGAACAUUCAAGACGAGCUUCAGAAAGCGAUAGCUGCAACCAAUGCCCUCGAACAGGCUAUCCCCAGCCAGGCAGAACGGUCGCUGAAAUACGAGCAUGUGUCAGCAGAGAUAAAGACGCUCAAGCCGUGAUUCCUGCAAUGUGGUAUAUUCAACCGUACAGCUAGUAGGGCACUAUGAUCCACGGAAUCCACGUCCACCGCCACCACUGCCACGGACGCCCCAGCCGCUGCCUCGACUUGCCCCCCUUGAAGCACCACGACCGCCCCGAUCCCCAAAACCACCUCG